AUGGCUGUUCCAAGCGGCACGUGCGCGGCUUCUCCUCCUUCUUCUUCCACGUCGCCGCGGCUCAGCGCCGGCGUCGUCAACUUCUUGGCGCGCCGUGCCAUGACCACGCACCACCGAGCAGCAGCGGCGGCAGCAGCAUUUCCCCUCCACUCGCCGGGCUCCUCCACCGGCUCCGCCGACUCCGUGCCGUCGAGCAGCUGCCGCCACCACGCCCCGGCCACGCCGCCCCCGCCGCCGUUCGACACUAACGACGCCGACGAGAAGCUCCCGCGCAACAUGCUCUCCCAGCACCAGGACGGCUCCGCACACGGGACAGCGGCGGCGCCGCUGAAGCAGGAGCCCACCGACGCCGGGGUGGACGCCGGGCGCGCGUUCCGCGGCGUGCGGAAGCGGCCUUGGGGCAAGUACGCGGCGGAGAUCCGGGACUCGACGCGGAACGGCGUGAGGGUGUGGCUGGGCACGUUCGAGAGCCCGGAGGCGGCGGCGCUCGCCUACGACCAGGCGGCCUUCGCCAUGCGCGGCGGCGCCGCCGUCCUCAACUUCCCCGCGGACCAGGUCCGCCGCUCGCUGGAGGGCGCGGGGGAAGACGUGCGCGGCCGCGCCCACGGGGUGUCGCCCGUGCUGGCGCUCAAGCGGCGGCACUCCAUGCGGAGCCGAAAGGCCACGGCGUCGUUGCCGUGCCGCAAAAUAGCCAAGGCCGCCCGUGGGCGGCCGGAGGGCGUGGUGAUGGAGCUGGAGGACCUUGGCGCGGAGUACCUCGAGGAGCUGCUCGGCGCCGCCGACGACAUGACGGCCUCGGCUUCCGAUUCAUGGUGCUCGAGUCAUCAUUCCAUCUGAUGCAACAAGAGAGUUGGCAAGUGGCAACGAUGGAUUGAUCACCAUUUGUGUAGUUCUUUCUUCUCUUCCCUGUUGCUGUUGCUGGCCGUGGUCGGGUCUCGUUCCAGAAUUUAGAUAGCCUCUGUAGGAUUGAGAAACGGUUUGUGAGACCGACGGCAUGUUUAGGUCUGAACUUAGAUGGCCGUGAAAGAUGUGAAGUGUCAAAUGUUUGGGUUCGAAUCCAGUCAAAAUGGGUGCAUGUUUGUAGAUGUUCAUAGGCGCCAAGUUCAAAUUUUGUGUGGCUUGGGUCGCUGUUUUUUCUUUUCAAAAAGAAUCAGAAAAGGUACA